AUGAACUUCGUCGACCGCUGCAGAGCCCUACACCCCUCUCCAGACAAGCACCAUCAGCUCGGACCCGAUGGACCAGCUCGCCACGACCCGGACAAUGUGACGCGAACGACCUUCAUCGACAACAUGGCCAAGUUUGGAGCGUUGCGGCUGAGCCGCGACGUCGUCGAUCUCCUCCUGUACAUCCGAGCUGGCGACGAAGACUAUGAUGUUUCGCGGCCCGCGGCUUUCCUUAAUAAUUUGGCAGAUCUUAACGCCGCCUCAGUAUUCCGCAAAGCUGUCCCUCAGCAGCGCUACCAAGCCUAUUUUCAAAAGCACAACGACGUGCUCGCCUUCCUCGAUGGUCGUCUACCAGAUUAUGAGUGGCAGACCCCCCUUCCCAUGCCCAACAUCGUCCGACAACUUGCAUCCUACCCGACUCCAAAGCCAGAGCUCGUGGCCCAACUUGCCGGAACGCUCCUCGAGUCCUCUACGCGCGAACGCCUUCGUGAGAUUGAGGCUAACGUCCGACUGUGGCGCCCAGAUGCGCCAGCUCCGAUCUACAACAAGGACGGUGCAUGUACGCUCUACUUCCCAGGGACUACCAGCACCAGACUUUUGGCACGGUACGUUUGUGCAGUGUUCGAGCGGGUCGUCCUACAGUGUGACAGAGUCUGGUCCAUCAACGCCAAAGAGGCUGAGGCACCCGCCCUCAGUCCUCUUAAGGUGUAUAUGCACCUCUUCGAGUCUCUCGUGGAGCAGGCGUACGUGCGAAUCUGGUCCGAGGACGGCACGCCAGAGCUUCUUGGCACAGCGGACCCACUUUCAGGGAUCCCCAUCGAUCACAGCGGCACUCCGGGAAGCCCAAGCAAAGCGACGUACGUUGCUCAUGAGCACCAUGGGCUAUGGAUCUCGGCGUUUGCCGACGACGAUGGAGGUGACAAGUACGGCAAUCAUUGCCAGGAAUCGUGGGCAGUGAACCUCACACGAGGUUCGUGGAGAUUUCCGACCAUCGCUGCGCAUCUCCGCAGUCGCCAAAGGCCACUACAAGUGCUUGCUAACAAGCUCGCUGCUGUUGGAGUGAUUGAGCCAAUUCGGCUCCGCCCCUUUGUGCCAUCAGCGAAGAUGACAGCCUUGUGGACCCACAACAAGGUCGAAACCGUUGAGGCUGUCGCUCGCAGUUCCAGACUGGUGGACCAGGUCCAGGCUGCCUUCGACGCUGUACAAGCCGCCACCACCGCUGAUGCAGCACGCCGCUCAGCGGCUCAGUCUGAAGUUGACCAAGAAGCUGGACAUCGAGCAGCUCGGCUUCCCAGCCAGCUCUGCACAAAGUGUAGGACGCGCGUUACUUCUGCUGGGUUGUGCGCGGCCUGCCAGCAAGGAACCCGGCGGCUGCAGACAUACCAGAGGCAGCUCGACAAGCUCCACGCGGCCUCCUCUACACUUCAAACCCUCCCAGCUCUCUCGCCGUCCAGCCCAAUCAAACGGGCAAGUCGGGACAAGGCGAUUGCCCGUUUGCCGCCGUCCGGGCCGGACAUCGUCAACGCCGGCUAUGGCAUCGGCCUUCAACCUCCCCCGGCCGUCACAUUCUUCGCCUACACCUGCUCGCGCUAUGGGCGAGAGCGGGAGAAAGGCUGGACUGGAGAUGCGGCUCAGCCGGUGUGCAAGACAUGCGCAGACGCUGAGCGACGCAGCUCCUCGGCGUACAUGGAGAGCCACACGUGCUACGAGUGCGGCACCGGCUCCAGCAGCUCUUGGCGCAAGGGCAAUCUCCCCGGCUCAAUGUUGUGCAGCACAUGCUCGGACGACAAGAGUCCCGGCUUGUGCAUCUACCCUGAAUGCCCCGAAGUACUCGACCGAUGGCGAUGGUGGCCCGAGCGCCCCGAAACAGGCAAGGUCUGCGGUCGCCACACCAUGAGCCUCCUUCGCAACGAGGACGACAAGUCGAGGCUGACUGGUGCACUCGAUGUCGUCCUGGAAAAGGCACCCAAGGACUGCGGGCCGCUAGAUCUGAAGCUCCGGCUUGCUCAACACGUCUCCAAGUACAACAUUGAGACCGCCGCCUCCUCAGCCAAACGCUCGUACACCAAGGCACAGCCCGAUCCAGAGGUUGACUCAAGACUUGUCAGGUCGGCUUAUCCCUUCGACCCCGCCUGUUUGUACCCCCUCUGCCCUCAAGAAGGCGUGAAGGGUUUCCCUGGCCUCACCCAGGUUGGGCAGUUGUGCCAGCGGCACAUCUCGACCCUGGCUCGCAAAGCGCGAGCACAAGAGAAGAUGGAGCUGAGCCGCUGUCUAGUUCGUGUCUGCCAACGGCCAUCGGACUGUUCUUUGAAAGAAGCACUGGCCGCCGCCGUGAAGGAGGAAGGGAUCCAGCUCAGCGCGACCGGACCGCCCCAACGACCCCGAGCAACCACCGCGACCACCUCAAAAGCGUGA